UUUUUUUUUUUUUCUCUAUUUCUCCCUUUUUCUUAGUGUAUCUCCUUGUACUGAUUUUACUCAUCAUCAAACUUUGACGAGAGGAAAUAAAAAAAAAUGUUGAAUUAUGUGCUUGAAUGUGAUGCGGCACCAAAGGAGCAUAGAUCCAGAUGGCUACGAGAUUUAGCAGCCUACCCUGAUCAUUUACGGUUACGAGGAUCGGUCGUCCCUGACAUUUUCCCAUUGAUUGUCUUGACAAUGACUUACGGGUAUGUUAUUGCUCAUGCUUAUAAGUGGGGACUUGAAUAUAUCGCAAUCAGCAAUUCUGUUGUACCGGCACUUAGUGUAGUAUUAGGAUUGUUACUUGCAUUCCGAGCUAAUACGUCCUAUGCAAGAUACUAUGAAGGACGUCAAUUAUGGGAAACAUUGACAAGUCAUGCACGUAAUUUAUCCCGUUUAGUCUGGUUAUCUAUUCCUGAACGUAAUCAAAAUGAUCAUUUGGAAAAAAUGCGAUGUAUGAAAUUGAUUCUUGCCUUUGCUGUGGCAACGAAACAUCAUUUACGACAUGAAUAUGGAGUGGAUUAUUACGAUUUGGAUUAUCUUUUGCCUCCCCAUUGGAUCCCCGCGGCCACAGCCGAUGAUAAUGAUGAUAAUAAUCCAAACAAAAUGGUUUUAUUACCAAGAGGUUACUUCCCUCAAACAACAAACGAGAGAGGUAUGAAUCAUCAUCAACAACAACCAUCAGAGUAUGAAUGGAAACCACAAUAUGGUGGUGAUGAUCCUUUUGAUAAAGUCAAUCGUCCUAUUCAUUCAAGUGAAUCCUCCACCAUUGAUUCGUCGGCAUCCUCCGUCAAGUCCUCCUCUUCCAAAAAACAUCAUCAUCAUCAUCAUCAUCACCAUGUCUUCUCAAGUGAUGAAGAUUUACCUGAUGAUGUGAUGCUAGCCAACAUGUCAUUACCUUUAGAAAUCAUUUACCGAGUUAGUUUGUAUUUCGAACAGGCUAAAACCAGUGGCAAAGUCGAUGCUAUCUUCUCUAGUGUAAUGAUUUCUCAUAUGAAUUCUUUAAAUGAUUGUUUGGCUGGUCUAGAACGAUUGAUCGAUACUCCCAUUCCUAAAGCUUAUAAUAUUCAUUUGAAACAAUCUCUUUGGUUAUACUUGUUGGUCAUGCCCUUCACCAUUGUGGCCGAUCUUGGUUGGUGGCUCAUACCUACAGUGGUGAUGAAUUCCUUUAUCUUGUAUGGUAUUGAUGCCAUUGGUGCUCAAAUAGAAAAUCCAUUUGGAUAUAAUGGAAAUGAUCUCCCAUUGAAUGAAUUCUGUGAUCAAAUUCGUAAAGAAAUUGAAUUCAUUGUCCAUCAUAUACCUUGUGAAGUUCUUUAAUUAGUUUUCUGAAUUGCAAAUAUGAAUUCAGCAAAAAUCAAAUGCGUAAAAUGAACUAAUCACUUGUUUCCCUCCUUCUCAAUAAAUAAAUAACCCUUUUUUUUUUU